UCGGUUCUUACCUGGAUUCACCGGUGGCCAGCCAAAAGGCGCAAGUUAGCAUCCUCUCUCCCUCUCCCUCUUCUCUCUCUCUCUCUCUCUGUCUCUCUCUUCCUCUCUGUCUCUGUCUGUCCAUCUCUAUGUGCGUAUUUUCUCGUUCGCUUUCUUUUGGGUUCUCUUUCGGACGUCUUUUUCAGGGCUCUCUACAAGAGACGUGAAAAAGCAAAAAAGAAGCAAAAUAAUCCUCAUCGUCAUCUGUGAGAAAAGGGUUUCAACUUCUGUAAUUAUUACACUUCAUGAAUCUCCUCGUUUAUUAUUGUUACGGUGAUAUCUGAGAUCUUUUUCUGUCAAUUAUCGGGUGCAUUUUCAUUUUUUGGCUUCUGGGUUUUGUGAAGUUCAUGAGCGUCGAUCUGGGUCUUUGAAGGAUUUGGAAUUGAAUCUGGGUACUGUGUUUGUUCAACUUCUGUAAUUAUUACACUUCUUGAAUCGAUUCAUUGAUUGCGGUUUUAUCUGAGAUCUUUUUAUUCAAUUCUCGGGUGUAUCGUGUUGUUUCGCUGAACCUCCUGAGUACUUUGUUUUUUGUUCAUUUUGUUCAUGAGUGGUAAUUGGAGGUCGUAACUCUGGAAUUUUGCAGUUUGAUACCUGGAUUCAUUGGAGAUUUUGAGAAAAUCAGUGCUUUCUGAAAAUUGUGUUGAGAGUUUUUGGAUAAUUAUCAUUCAUUUGUAUAAUUGAAGGUCGUAAUUUUUUGAAAUUUCGACAGUGCGAUCUCAGAAUUCAUUGGAGAUUUUGAGAAUCAGUGGGUUCUGAAAAUUGUGUAAAGGGUUUUUGGGUAGUUCUUGUUUCCGUGGAUCUUGCAUCUUUACAGAUUGUCUUUGCUCCCAUAUUAGGGUUAGCGUGGGCUGUGGCAUUCUCUAACUCCUGAUCUACAGAACUUUCCAUUUUGUUGUUUGGGAGAAUAUCAAAGUUUGAUAGAGAAUUAGAACUGUGAUUUGGAGCAACAGGAUUGUAGAAAAAGGGGGUUAUUUGAGUGAAGGUUUUUUGUUAAGGAACUUAGCUUGAUAGAGAAUUAGAACUGUGAUUUUGGGUUGCAGGAUUCUAGAAAAAUAUUAGGGUCUUUUGAGUGAAGGGUGAACUUGAUUUAUGUUUUGGAAGGGAACAUUCACAUGGCUGCAGUUACUGAUUUUUCGCCUCCAUUUACCAUAUUAGAAAGUGGGUACAACAAAGAGGAUAUCCCUGUCUCUCCCAUUAAAGAUGACAAUUUGGGAAAUUUGGAUAACUUGAAACCGAAACCAAAUGGGAAACCUCCGCGGCACCUCUCUGUUAUGCGGCAUUGCAUGAGCUCUGCUGGGUUGGUAGCCACAGCUGAUUUAGAAUUGGGUAGCGGUAUUGGUGGCAUUAAGUCAUCUUCAGAUGGAAAGUCAAGGUUCAUACCUGUGUUUCGAUCAGGAAGCUGCGCUGAGAGAGGACCUAAACAUUACAUGGAGGACGAACAUAUAUGUAUAGAUAAUCUUCUUGAACAUCUAGAUGCACUGGUCGACUUCCCUUCUCCUGGAGCAUUCUAUGGGGUAUUUGAUGGCCAUGGUGGUACUGAUGCAGCAUCAUUUAUUAGGAAGAACAUCCUUAAGUUCAUAGUUGAGGAUUCCCAUUUCCCUGUUAGUGUGGAGAAGGCAAUUAAGAGUGCUUUUGUGAAAGCUGAUCAUGCAUUUGCAGAUGAUAGUUCUCUUGACAUCUCCUCUGGAACUACAGCUCUUGCUGCCCUUAUCUUUGGAAGGACGAUGCUGAUUGCCAAUGCUGGGGAUUGUCGAGCAGUGCUAGGGAAACGAGGCAAAGCAAUCGAGCUGUCAAAAGAUCACAAGCCUAAUUGUGCAUCCGAGAGACUACGGAUUGAGAACCUUGGUGGAGUCAUCUAUGAUGGCUACCUCAAUGGGCAGUUAUCUGUGGCAAGAGCACUUGGGGACUGGCACAUGAAGGGCCCAAAAGGUUCUGCCUGCCCCCUAAGCGCAGAGCCAGAGCUGCAGGAAACCCUUUUGGCUGAGGAUGAUGAAUUCCUGAUAAUGGGCUGUGAUGGACUCUGGGAUGUCAUGAGCAGCCAGUGUGCUGUGACAAUGGCAAGGAAGGAACUAAUGCUUCACAAUGAUCCAGAGAGGUGCUCGAGAGAAUUGGUAAGGGAAGCUCUCAAGCGCAACACAUGCGAUAAUCUUACGGUUAUCGUGGUUUGUUUCUCCCCAGAGCCUCCUCCUCGGAUAGAAAUGCCUCAGUCCCGAGUUCGUCGGAGUAUUUCCGCAGAAGGCCUGAACUUCCUCAAAGGUGUACUGGAUGGACAGUAACACACGAUCAAUAGAAGGAUAGGAUGUAUGAUGCCUUCAAUGGAUUUUUUCUUUUUUCCAUUUGCCCUCACCGGGGUAAAAAUUAUUCUGUGUAGGCUGUAUUAUUUUUUUGAAUUCUUGUUUUUGUAUAUUUGAGAUAACUUAUGUUGUAUCAAUUGCAAGUAGUAUUUUUU